CCCCAGCUCCAUGAAUGGAAAUCGGCAGCGCAGGACCCGUGGGGGCCCAGCCCCUGCUCAUGGUGCCCAGACGUCCCGGCUAUGGCACCAUGGGCAAGCCCAUUAAACUGCUGGCCAACUGCUUCCAAGUUGAAAUCCCAAAGAUUGAUGUCUACCUCUAUGAGGUGGAUAUCAAACCAGAUAAGUGUCCUCGGAGGGUGAACAGGGACGUGGUGGACUCUAUGGUGCAGCAUUUUAAAGUGACAAUAUUUGGGGACCGUAGACCAGUUUAUGAUGGGAAAAGAAGCCUCUAUACAGCCAAUCCACUUCCUGUGGCCACUACUGGGGUGGAUUUGGAUGUGACACUACCCGGAGAAGGUGGAAAAGAUCGUCCCUUCAAAGUGUCAAUAAAGUUUGUUUCUCGGGUGAGCUGGCACUUGCUGCAUGAAGUUUUGACAGGAAGAACCUUGCCUGAGCCUCUGGAACUAGACAAACCUAUCAGCACUAACCCUGUUCAUGCUGUCGAUGUGGUGCUACGACACCUCCCCUCCAUGAAGUACACCCCCGUGGGCCGCUCCUUCUUCUCAGCUCCAGAAGGCUAUGACCACCCCCUGGGAGGGGGCAGGGAGGUCUGGUUUGGGUUCCAUCAGUCUGUCCGACCUGCCAUGUGGAAAAUGAUGCUCAACAUCGAUGUUUCUGCCACUGCCUUCUACAAAGCACAACCCGUAAUUCAGUUCAUGUGUGAAGUCCUUGACAUUCAUAAUAUUGAUGAACAACCAAGACCUCUGACUGAUUCUCAUCGGGUAAAAUUCACCAAAGAGAUAAAGGGUCUAAAGGUAGAAGUGACUCACUGUGGGACAAUGAGGAGGAAGUACCGUGUCUGUAACGUAACGAGACGGCCUGCAAGUCAUCAAACCUUUCCUUUACAGCUAGAAAAUGGCCAGACUGUGGAGAGGACAGUAGCACAGUAUUUCAGAGAGAAAUACAACCUCCAGCUGAAAUACCCUCACCUUCCUUGUCUGCAAGUGGGACAGGAACAAAAACACACCUACCUGCCUUUAGAAGUGUGUAACAUCGUGGCUGGCCAGAGGUGCAUCAAGAAGCUGACAGACAAUCAGACAUCAACCAUGAUAAAAGCUACAGCCAGGUCUGCCCCAGACAGGCAGGAGGAGAUCAGCAGAUUGGUGAGAAGUGCAAAUUAUGAUGCAGAUCCGUUUGUCCAAGAGUUCCAGUUCAAAGUGAGGGAUGAGAUGGCCCAUGUGACAGGACGUGUGCUCCCAGCCCCGAUGCUGCAGUAUGGAGGACGGAAUCGAACCGUGGCAACACCAAGCCACGGUGUGUGGGACAUGAGAGGGAAACAGUUCCACACUGGGGUGGAGAUCAAGAUGUGGGCCAUAGCUUGCUUUGCAACGCAGAGACAGUGCAGAGAAGAAAUUCUGAAGGGUUUCACAGACCAGCUGCGCAAGAUCUCCAAGGACGCCGGGAUGCCCAUCCAGGGCCAGCCCUGCUUCUGCAAGUACGCCCAGGGUGCAGACAGCGUGGAGCCCAUGUUCCGACACCUCAAGAACACCUAUUCAGGGCUUCAGCUCAUCAUUGUCAUCCUGCCAGGGAAGACACCUGUGUAUGCGGAGGUGAAGCGCGUGGGAGACACGCUGUUGGGAAUGGCCACACAGUGUGUUCAGGUCAAGAACGUCAUUAAAACAUCUCCACAGACCCUCUCAAAUCUGUGCCUGAAGAUUAAUGUUAAACUAGGAGGAAUCAACAACAUCCUUGUACCUCAUCAACGACCUUCUGUGUUCCAGCAGCCAGUGAUCUUUUUGGGAGCUGAUGUCACUCACCCUCCAGCUGGAGAUGGAAAGAAGCCUUCCAUUGCUGCUGUUGUAGGCAGCAUGGAUGCUCAUCCCAGCCGGUACUGUGCCACGGUGAGGGUCCAGAGGCCCCGGCAGGAGAUCAUCCAGGACCUGGCCUCCAUGGUCAGGGAGCUGCUCAUCCAGUUCUACAAAUCAACACGGUUCAAGCCCACCCGGAUCAUCUUCUACAGGGACGGGGUCUCUGAGGGACAGUUCCGACAGGUUUUGUAUUAUGAACUGCUGGCCAUUAGAGAAGCCUGCAUCAGUUUGGAGAAGGAUUACCAGCCUGGAAUAACCUACAUCGUGGUGCAGAAGAGACAUCAUACGCGGCUGUUCUGUGCUGACAGAACAGAAAGGGUUGGACGAAGUGGCAAUAUUCCAGCUGGGACAACUGUAGAUACAGACAUUACACACCCCUACGAGUUUGAUUUUUACCUCUGUAGCCAUGCUGGAAUACAGGGAACCAGCCGUCCCUCCCACUACCACGUGCUGUGGGAUGACAACUGUUUCACAGCAGACGAGCUGCAGCUGCUGACGUACCAGCUGUGCCACACCUACGUGCGCUGCACCCGCUCCGUCUCCAUCCCCGCGCCCGCCUACUACGCUCACCUGGUGGCAUUCAGAGCACGCUACCACCUCGUGGACAAGGAACACGACAGUGCUGAAGGGAGCCACGUGUCAGGACAGAGCAACGGGCGAGACCCGCAGGCCCUGGCGAAGGCUGUACAGAUUCACCAAGACACCUUACGCACGAUGUACUUCGCUUAAUCAAUGACCCGGGAGACACUCACGGAGAGGAGAACUGAGAACUUAAGCCACAUACAAUGUAUGUUUCCAGGGGGUUGGUUUAGGGGCUGUGCCUCCCAUCGUGCUGGAGCUGACGCUGUGCAGGGGCGAGAGGCUCACCCUUAAAUUGACACGAGGAAGAUUGUUUACUUCAUCCAGGAACACAGCACUAUUAUGCAAUAUGAAACCAGCCAACUGCUUUUUUGGGGCGGGCUCCUGUGGGAAGCCGCCACCAUCAUUUUUUUUUAAUUAUUAUUUCUCGUAGUUUAACCCUCUUCUGCCUUUACCUCAAGUUGCUCGGCAGCACAACUAUUGUUGCAAAAAAAAAAAAAAAGAUAGUAAUAAUAAACUAAAAUCUAUUGUGUAAUUUAAAACAAAAAAACAAACCACCUUUUAGAAACAAUCACAGUGAUUGUUUGGAGAAGGGAAGUGUGCAAAAAAGAAAAUAAGUUUUUAACCCCCAUGCACUGAGGAAUCUUUCUCUCAGUAUUGCCAUCGAGCGUUUGAAUGUGAACAUAUCCAAGUGCAUUGGAAUGUACAGCACUAGCUAGGUAACAGUGAGGGGGGGAAGAUGUUUUGCACACUAAUCCAGUAAUUUGAACCUAAUUUAGCCAAUGGCUGCCUUUGUGUCUUUUCUCACAGCUUUGGAGUUCUCAGCUCCAAGAAUUCCCUUUCAAAAGCAAUCCAAGAAGCUCGUGGUUCAUGUGCAGGCAGUAGUGACCCAACUCUUCUUGCUCCCUGGGGGAAUUUACUAAAGCUGCUGUUUUACCUAGUCCAAAAGUUUCAAUUUUUUCCUAUCUGGCAAGUCAAAUCUGUUGAAGCCUCACGUGAGAUCUGAUGUCCCAGGUUUUCUGGGAUGACAUACAGUAACCACCAGAACUGAAACUUUAGAGCUAAGGUCUUUUUGGAAAAAAAAGAAACCUGCUACUUUACUUGCUGCCUCUCACACCUUAAUGUGAUUCAUAUGUAUGUGUGUUUGAAGUUUAGCUUCCUUUUGUUUCUUUUAUAUUUAUUAGAGUAAUAAUAAUGCUUUAAUUUAAUUAUUACGGAACAUAUGGUCAACAUCAACUUUUAUUUUUUAGAAAUGUAAUCAUGUUUAUUUUUAAAAAAAGAAACUGACAACUUGUUUUGCUACCUUUUAGUGCAAUAAGCAUUCUAAAGAAAAACUGUGUCCAUUGAGCUGUACUGAAGCAGUGUCCGUACCACGGACCAUGGGAGAAUGGACACCUCCAGGAUUUUAAAAGGACAAAGUAAAAGCCUUAAUUUUGAAAGGAAAGUUUUAUAGUCAGAAGGAAUCUUGAAUUUUCCUUUUUUAAAUCAAAAAAAAAUUACAAAAAAUGCUUCUAGACUUCUGCAAGCUUUACUUGUUGCUGCAGUCUUUUGAUUUAACAAAGGAAUUGGCCUUAUUUUUGGCUUUGA